UGUGUUUGUGUGGUGUUGUGGGGUGGCAGCGGCGGAAGACGUGUUCUUAGGCGAAAUUUAUCACGAAAACAGAAAAAUUCCAGCAACUUGCGCGAUAAUAAGCGCCAACAACAAAGCCAAUCGUAUGUGUCGUAUGUACGGAGUGCAACUGACACAUCAUUUUACAUAAAGAAGCGGCUUAUCGUCGACGUGUACUCGAAGCGAGAAUACAGCUCCCAGAACUCAGAACCCUAGUGGAAAAAAGAAGAUAAUGUGUGGCAUUUUCGCGUACCUCAACUACCUGACGCCCAAGUCGCGCCAGCAGGUGCUGGAGCUCCUGCUGCAGGGCUUGAAACGUCUGGAGUAUCGCGGCUACGACUCCACGGGCGUGGCCAUUGAUGGGCCCAGCGCGGGCGACGACAUCCUUCUGGUGAAACGCACCGGCAAGGUCAAGGUGCUGGAGGAUGCCAUAGCGGAGGUGUGUCGCGGCGAGGGCUACAGCCAGCCCGUGGACAUCCAUAUUGGCAUCGCGCACACGCGCUGGGCCACGCACGGCGUUCCCUCGGAACUGAAUUCGCAUCCCCAGCGAUCGGAUGUGGAGAACAGCUUUGUGGUGGUCCACAAUGGCAUCAUCACCAACUACAAGGACGUGAAGACGCUGCUGGAGAAGCGCGGCUAUGUCUUCGAGUCGGAAACGGACACGGAGGUGAUUGCCAAGCUCGUGCAUCACCUCUGGCAAACGCACCCCGGCUACACCUUUGGGGAGCUGGUGGAGCAGGCCAUUCAGCAGCUGGAGGGCGCCUUUGCCAUUGCCUUCAAGUCGAAGCACUUUCCCGGCGAGUGCGUCGCCUCGCGUCGCGGCUCUCCGCUUCUGGUGGGCAUCAAGGCCAAGACAAAGCUGGCCACGGACCAUGUGCCCAUCCUGUACGCCAAGGCCCAUCGUCCGAUUGGCCUGCCGUUCCCAGUGCUGCACCCUGGCGGUGAUGGCACUGCCGAAUUCCAGCCCCUGGAGCACAAAGAGGUGGAGUACUUCUUUGCCUCGGACGCAUCGGCAGUGAUUGAGCACACGAAUCGGGUCAUCUACCUGGAGGACGAUGACGUGGCCGCCGUCAAGCGGGACGGUACCCUGAGCAUCCACCGCCUGAACAAAUCGUCGGACGAUCCGCAUAUACGGGAGAUCAUCACUCUGAAGAUGGAGAUCCAGCAGAUCAUGAAGGGCAACUACGACUACUUUAUGCUCAAGGAGAUCUUCGAGCAGCCCGAGUCGGUGGUCAACACGAUGCGCGGACGUGUACGCUUCGACACGCAGACCAUUGUGCUGGGCGGCAUCAAGGAGUACAUCCCAGAGAUCAAGCGGUGUCGCCGCCUGAUGCUGAUUGCCUGCGGCACCUCCUAUCACAGUGCCGUGGCCACGCGACAGCUGCUGGAGGAGCUCACCGAACUGCCCGUCAUGGUUGAACUGGCCUCCGACUUCCUCGACCGCAACACGCCCAUCUUCCGCGACGACGUGUGCUUCUUCAUCUCGCAGUCGGGCGAGACGGCCGACACACUGAUGUCGCUGCGGUACUGCAAGCAGCGGGGAGCCCUGAUUGUCGGGAUCACCAACACCGUGGGCAGCAGCAUCUGCCGGGAGUCAAACUGCGGCGUGCACAUCAAUGCAGGGCCGGAGAUUGGGGUGGCCUCCACCAAGGCCUACACCUCGCAGUUCAUUUCGCUGGUGAUGUUCGCUUUGGUGAUGUCCGAGGACCGACUGUCGCUGCUGCAGCGGCGGCAGGAGAUCAUCGCGGGAUUGUCGCAGCUGGACGAGCACAUCCGAUCGGUGCUGAAGCUGAACUCGCAGGUCCAGGAGCUGGCCAAGGAGCUGUACAAGCACAAGUCGCUGCUGAUCAUGGGCAGGGGCUUCAAUUUCGCCACCUGCCUGGAGGGCGCACUCAAGGUCAAGGAGCUGACGUACAUGCACAGCGAGGGUAUACUCGCGGGGGAGCUGAAGCACGGACCCCUUGCUCUGGUCGACGAUGAGAUGCCAGUGCUGAUGAUCGUCACGCGGGAUCCCGUCUACACAAAGUGUAUGAAUGCCCUGCAACAGGUGACCUCGCGGAAGGGGCGACCCAUCCUGAUCUGCGAGGAGAACGACACCGAGACCAUGUCCUUCUCCACGCGUUCGUUGCAGAUUCCCCGCACGGUGGACUGCCUGCAGGGCAUCCUCACCGUCAUACCGCUGCAGCUCCUCUCCUACCACAUUGCCGUGCUGCGCGGCUGCGAUGUGGACUGUCCCCGGAACCUGGCCAAGUCGGUGACCGUGGAGUAGGCGGAGAAGCAUACACAAUAAUAAUUCCAUUUGCUGGGCAUGAUACGAUGAUGCCUGGAGGAAUCCUUUAUUCGUAACCAAUUAGAUUUAAGUUGAACAUUUUUCGUAUUCUCGCAUCUUCCCGAUCCGCCAUCCAUUGCUUCAAUGGACCCGGAUUCCCUCACCGCUGUGACCCUUUUUUGUUUUGCAUUUUGUAGAGUAUAUUUUAACCUGUUUGUGCGCUGUGCUGUAAAGCGAUUAUUCUUCUGUGGAUGUGCAAUUGAAAUAUAAGUAUUUCCAGAAA